CAGUAGAACGAUGCUUCUCUUAAACAUCACUUGUUUUCAACGAUAUACAGAUAAACGGCCACCACUGCGUGGGGAUGCCCUCCUGCGAGCAGGCAUUGCCACGACGCGGAGGUCCCAAGCCGGCCCGGCGGGGCAGCGCUCCACUCCCCUCCCGCCCCUCCCCUCUCCUCCCUCCCUCCUCCAGGACAGGACAGCAUCAAGAUGGCGGUGCAGGCAGCAGAAAACGACGCGAUUAACGUGGAGGAUGAGCAGCUGAACGACUCGCUGGGCAGCGCCGGCCUCAUCUCACCUGACAAGGAGGAUCUAGCACGUCUUCUGACGGUGCCUUUCAGCGGACGCAUCAGGGGCGGCAUGAGGCCCGGGAAGAAGAUCAUAGUGAUGGGUAUUGUGGACCUAGAGCCGGACAGCUUCGACGUGAGCCUGACGUGCGGACGGGACUUGGACAAGGAGGAUCCAGCGUACGAUGUGGCCCUGAAGCUCACCGCCCGCUUCUCGGACCGGCAGUUCCUACGCAGUGCUCGCAUCGCCGGGAAGUGGACCCAGGAGGAGGCCUCCACCGCCUACUUCCCCUUCAUCCCCGAUCAGCCUUUCAGGGUGGAGAUCCACUGCGAGCACCAGCGGUUCCGAAUAUUCGUGGACGGACACCAGCUCUUUGACUUUUACCACAAAGUAAAAUCUUUGACGUCCAUCGACACUGUGCGGAUAGCCGGCGACCUACAGAUCACCAAGCUGGGCUAACGGCACACGCCGCCGCUCCAAAGGUUGUGCGUGUGUGCGUGCGUGUGUGUGUAUACAUGUGUGUGUGUUUGUGGGGGUGCGCAGCAAGGACUUGGCACACAUAACUCAUCACACACACACACACACAAAAAGCUCCAAUGGGAAGUUUCUCUGCUUUCGUUCUUUCUUUGUAUUUUCUUUUCUCUUCUUUUAUUCUCGCGUCACUUUUGUCACAUUUCACAGCAUUUUUUUUACCCCUUUCAGGAAAUGUUGCAUACCAACAAACUCUUGCUUAUGCAACGUGCACAUGUGUAUCUAAUUGAACCUCGGGCGUUUUUAUUUGCUCUCGAUCCGCAGAGAUGUUUUUAUUAGAUAGUCACGAUAUUGAGUUUUUCGAGCCGAUAGCGAUCAUUACCAGCUAAACGCCAAUUACGAUAACUUACUGUAUUAUAUGUGUUGUUUUUAAAUGGAGAUAGUUCCAGGUGGCUGGGAAGGUUUGAUGUGUUGAAGCGUGAUUUUUUUUUUUUUUUUUUUUUUUUGCGGAACAAAAGACGUCUUCCUCUGAGGUCCCACGCGAUCGGGGUUUGUUUACAAUGAGUUCAGGGAACACGUAGGAGAAAGGGAGCGCUUGGUUUGCUCACCUUAACCCACCCAUAGCACCGUACAUUUAAUAAUGUGUCAUUGAAGGGUUUAGUUUUCUUUUUAACAGUAAUUUUUUAAAUCAAAUGUAUUGGUGUGACGUAGGGCUGGGCUUGAUCACGAUUUAAGUGUUUUGUAUCAGUCGAUAUCGAUAAUUAUUACAGAUGUCCGAUAAUAUCGGACUGCCGAUAUUAUCGGCCGAUAAAUGCUUUAAAAUGUAAUAUCGAAAAUUGUCGGUAGCGGUUUCAACAAGUAAAAUUUAUGACUUUUUAAAACGCCGCUGUGUACACGGACGUAGGGAGAAACCUUAAAGGCUUUUCACACACACAAGUGAAUGCAAGGCAUACUUGGUCAACAGCCAUACAGGUCACACUGAGGGUGGCCGUAUAAACAACGUUAACACUGUUAAAAAUAUGCGCCACACUGUGAACCCACACCAAACAAGAAUGACAAACACAUUUCGGGAGAACAUCCGCACCGUAACACAACAUAAACACAAAAGAACAAAUACCCAGAACCCCUUGCAGCACUAACUCUUCCGGGACGCUACAAUAUACACCCGCCGCCACCUCAAUCCCGCCCACCUCAACCUCCUCAUGCUCUCUCGGGGAGAGCAUGUCCCAAAUUCCAAGCUGCUGUUUUGAGGCAUGUUAACAAAAAUAAUGCACUUUGUGACUUCAAUAAUAAAUAUGGCAGUGCCAGGUUGGCAUUUUUUUUCCCAUAACUUGAGUUUAUUUAUUUUGGAAAACCUUGUUACAUUGUUUAAUGCAUCCAUCACAACAAAAUUAGGCAUCAUAAUGUGUUAAUUCCACGACUGUAUAUAUCGAUAUCGGUUGAUAUCGGAAUCGGUAAUUAAGAGUUGGACAAUAUCGGAUUUCGGCCAAAAAGUAAUUAUCGGACAUCUCUAAUAAUUAUUGAUAUUUUUUAUGACCUAUGGAAAAUAUAUUUUAUUAUGGGCCUGCUGCUGCAUUAUUAUUGCGCAUACUUCAACUUGUAUUAUUAUAGUUCCGCACGUUUCUCUUACGAUUAAUACGAGACGAACCGGCCAACAAACCCCCACAUAUGUUACACCGUCGGAAAGGUCUCGCUCGCGCCGACAGCGGUACUUUAUCAGAAUCACAAUCAGAAAUGUUUUAUUACUCAUACAUCUCACCUUUUUUGUAAGGGGCACCGGAAGUUGGCAGACCCGUCAGCGAUCCUGUUCUGUCUCCCUGUAAUGUUUGAUCCUGUUCUGUCUCUCUGUAAUGUUUGUCUAAUCUUUAAUGGGAUUGUGCUGAAAAUUUUAAUAUCCCCUCGGGGAUUAAUAAAGUAUUUCUGAUUCUGAUUACGUUGGGAACAUUUCGUGUUACCAUGGCGACACAAAACACACACAAGAAAAAUGGGCCAAUUUAAUGGGUACAUACCUUUUCUAAUGGACGAUUGCUUUGAGACAAAUGUCAAAAAAGACAAGAUUACCUCCUCUUGUAGCUCAGCCAUACUUUCACAUACCUCGUGCUUAACGUCUCAUUUUGUUCACAUACUUGUCUACUUUAACCCUGGCUAAAAAAAAAAUGUACGUCCUUUUUUUUGGUUUUGGCUGGAUGGCCAUCGGAAGGAAAGUUAGCUCUGUUGCUCUUUAAGUACAGUUAUUGUCAGGUUCAAACAAAGAUGACAUCUAUUAAACAAGACAAGACGCAAAGAAUCAAACAGAGGCAGAAUUCAAUUUUGACUCAAUUGAGGAGAAACGUGUCAACCUGUAACCUCUUACAGUGACGAAAAAGGUUUAGGUCUCCUCCUUUAUUUGGUCACUUCCUGUUUACACAACAACACCUGCUUCCAAAGGAAUGGGGAGUAUGUAAACAGUCAUUGUUUUCGUUUACAUUAACACAAAAGAAAAAGAUGCCUCGGGCUUGGGCUGGUCCUGGUUUCAGCCUGGGCAGGUCUUGGAUGACAAUAGAUAACCCCCUCCUGUCUCCUCCCAUCGUACACAAUGGAAUUUUCCAAGCCUUUGCUUGGUGCAACAAAGACAGCCUCUUGUCUGUUCAUUGGGAACUCAGAGAACGGAAAGUUUUUUGAUAAUUUACAUACAAUUUUUCUGACAGCUAUACUUAAAACUCACGGAUUCGGACACUCGGCACCGUCUUCAAAGUACGACGGCUUCCGACGACCCCCGGCCAGAGGUCCUGGGCACAGACAGCAGGCCCAUCAAAAUUUCUGCGGGAAUUUUCUCGUUUGAAAUGUAACCCUCCUCUGAUUAUAAUGCCCUCAGCUGUCAAGGCAGAAAGGAAAUGUCAACACAAGCAUGGAAAUCACUCAAACAAUGUCAACAAAAUAGUAAAAUCACAUUGAACACUUAACAACGAGCUCUUAAAAUGAAGGAAUAUGUAAGAAAUGCUUCAUAAAGUGUAAGAAAAUAGUGCAAAGUGUGAAAAAGUAAACAUAGAGAAACCUGAGAGGAACUAUUUUAUGCAGGUUUAGGUGCCAGGUAAGUUACAGCUGUGCUCUAAAGGGUGAGCGCGGCUAAAGUGGUGUGGUGUUUUAUGGCACUUAUCAUUGAUGUGGAUUACGUGUCUACCGCGAUAUACACUGAUAUCGUUUUAUCGCCCAGCCCUAGUGUGACGCCGUUAUUCCUCACAUCGGCCCAGUAUUUAUUGUGCACCCCUCAUAGAUGAUAAAUAGAGGUUUUUUUUAGUUCUUGAAACGUAUUGCACUAAGUUGAUCAGUUCAAAGAUUACCAAGGACAGCUGGAGUCUAGACUAACUAGAGAUGUCCGAUAAUAUCGGCCGAUAAAUGCUUUAAAGUGUAAUAUCGGAAAUUAUCGGUAUCGUUUUUUUUAUUAUCGGUAUCGUUUUUGUUGUUGUUGUUGUUGUUGUUUUUAAUUAAAUCAACAUAAAAAACACAAGAUACACGUACUAUUAGUGCACCAACCAAAAAAACCUCCCUCCCCCAUUUACACUCAUUCACACAAAAGGGUUGUUUCUUUCUGUUAUCAAUAUUCUGGUUCCUACAUUAUAUAUCAAUAU